GAGCCAACCUCCAUCCCUCGAAAUGACGCUCAUUAGUCUUUUCUUGUCUCUCCUCGCUGUCCUCCGGGUCGCUCAUGGUGCCUUGAUUAGCCGUGCGACGUGUGCUACCGGCCAGGUCGUUGUCAACGAGGCCUGCUGCGUGCUCUUCCCUAUUCUCGAGGAUAUCCAGGAGAACCUGUUCGACGGUGGCCAGUGCGGUGAGGCGGUGCGCGAGUCCCUCCGCCUUGCCUUUCACGACGCCAUUGGAAUCUCGCCUCUCCUCGAGGAGAUGGGCGAGUUCGGCGGCGGAGGUGCGGACGGUUCGAUCUCCAUCUUUGCGGAAACCGAGACCGAGUACUCCGCAAACCUCGGUCUCGACGAAAUCAUUAACGAGCAGGCGUCGUUCAUCGCUAAUCAUGACCUCGGUACCGCUGACUUCAUACAGUUUGCUGCCGCGGUCGGGCUCAGCAAUUGCCCAGGCGCACCCGCCCUGAAAUUCUUCAUCGGACGCACGGACGCUACACAGGCCGCGCCCGACCAUACGGUGCCCCUCCCGUUCGACACGGUUAACUCGAUCCUUGCGCGCUUUGCUGACGCCGGGUUCUCCGCCGCCCAAGUCGUCGCUCUUCUCGCCGCGCACACUAUUGCUACUGCCGACCACGUAGACCCGACGAUCCCCGGAACGCCGUUGGACACCACUCCAGAGCUAUUCGACACACAGUUCUACGUCGAGACUUUGCUUCGUGGGACCCUCUUUCCUGGCACCAGCGGCAAUCAGGGCGAGGUGAUGUCGCCGUUGAGCGGGGAGCUUCGCCUACAGUCCGACAGCCUGCUCGCGCGCGACGCGCGCACCGCGUGCGAGUGGCAGUCCUUCGUUAAUGACCAAAUCAAGCUUCAGACUGAAUUCAAAGCCGCGUUCGAGAAGCUGGCAGUUUUGGGCCAGGACCCCUCCGCUCUCGUCGACUGCUCCGACGCUAUGCCCACCCCACCCGCGUCCGGGAGCAACGCGCACUUCCCCGCUGGGAUCACGCACGAGGACGUCCAGCAGGCCUGUGCGCUUUCGGCAUUCCCCGCUCUCUCGACUGAAAUACCGCCCCUGGAUCCGUUUAAGCGUUGA